CGCCGCACUUUCACUCCCCGCCGCCGCGUCCGCUCCGCGCCCGGCCCAGCACGGCCCGUCCCGCCGCCGCCCGCCGCCCGCCGGUGCCAUGAAUGCCAAGGUCGCCGCCGCGCUGGUCCUCGUGCUGACUGCGCUGUGCCUCAGCCACGGCAAACCAGUCAGCCUGAGCUACAGAUGUCCCUGCCGAUUCUUCGAGAGCCACAUUGCCAGAGCCAAUGUCAAGCAUCUCAAAAUCCUCAACACUCCGAACUGUGCCCUUCAGAUCGUGGCAAGACUGAAGAACAACAGCAGACAGGUGUGCAUUGACCCGAAAUUGAAGUGGAUCCAGGAAUACCUGGAGAAAGCUCUAAACAAGAGGUUCAAGAUGUGAGAGGCGCAGGUGGGGUCAGACGCCUGAGGAAACCUUACAGUAGGAGCCCGGGUCUGAAAGCAGUGUUAGAAAGAGCCCAAGGCAGCUCCCCUGCACCCAGGCAGGGCCCAGUGCAUUUCCAAGGGCUUCGUUUUGCACAGUUUGCCUUACUUUCACCAUUUGAUUAUGUAGCAAAAUAUAUGGUGUUUAUUCUUCAUUUAGUUUGAUUAUCCUGUGUCACUGCUGACAGAUAGGAAUUUAGACUAAGGCCGUUAUUUUACUUGCUUUCUUAUCAAAUCUUUCCCAUCGAGCCCCUCGCCUGGCCAGAGGUUCCUGAGCAUCAUAUCUCCCUGAGCUAUGUGCAGGCUGGGACCCCAGAUCAUCCUGUCCUAGGAUGAAGAGCCACCAGGAGGCAUUAGAGCCAGGGGGCAGGGGCAAACCCUAGUGAAGACUGCCCUGGGCAAGGGGCGGAGGAGGGUUAGGUUUAGAGGGCCAGGCAGGAGCCUUGCCCUUCCCCAGAGUGCCAGCUGGGGUCUUUCCCUUCAGUGAGCAUCACAGAGCCCCCCAAGUUGAGGCAGGCAGGAGUAUGAGGCCAGGGGUGAGGGAGAUGCAUCCCUCAUCCUGAGCUCUUCUCUACAUCCCAUCACGUUCUUGUCAUCAUUCUCUCUCUCAUCCAUCAUCAUGCAUAUCCACGACUGUCUCCAUCACCCUGGAAAAAAGAGUCUCUCAAGACCAAAGCUUUAAUUUUAACUGGGCAGCCAGAAGCCAAUCAAAAUGUCUUGUGUGAGUUCAGAAAACACUGUGUACAUCUGUGUCUUGUUCAGAAUAUGGUCUGUUGUCCAAUCCUGUGUUCUUGUUCAAAGCCAGUGUCCUCGGUGCGUGCGCUGUCAGCUUCUCGUAUGCAAAGGCUCAGAGUCAGGAGAUGUCUUUUGACCAGGUUUCUGAUCAGGCCUAUAGUCCUCUCGUGGGGGACAAGCUAGGUUUCUCCACUGAUCACAAACCCAAGAUGGAUCCACAGAGCCCAAGGGAAUUCGGUUUGCAGCAAUGUUGACCUGUGAGGACACCAGCCCUUCAUGCUUCCACAGGUGUCCAUAUCAAAACUAUGGAGAGUUUUGUCUCCGUUGCACCGAGUAUGUGAUUGUUUUGGGAAUCACAGGAAAAGAAUCCUCAAUGCUUUUUUGGUUUUUGAAAACCCGAUCCACAAAAUGAUGAGUUCUGGAUGUGAAGAUUCCUUCUCAAUUAAAAUCUAACUUCAUUUUUUUGGCCUACUUGACGAUCCCAUCACCUGCUACCUUCUAUUCUAUGGCCUCCAGACUUGGCCACUGUUGUUAUCUUAUGCUUCCAGAAUGUCCAGCAGGGCAUUCCUCUUAAAAAAGGGGGAUAUUUGGAAAGGUAGAUGAAUACCCCACAUGUAGAGUGUUUUCCUUUACUGAGUGUUUUCCUUUACUGAGACCAGUUUGUAGAGUUGCAUUAAACAGUUUAAAAAUAUCUCUUUUUGAACAGGUAGGCACUUAAGGGGUUUUUUGCUUAUUGUGCUUUGUUUUACAUUUUAUCCCUUUAUACUUUGUCCCUUUGGUUAAAUAUCCCAGGAAGAAAUUUUAAAUUACAAAAGUGGAAAAAGGGGGCAUAAAUAGGAAAUGUAUUAAUUAACAGGACACUGUAAAUAACAUGCAGAAAGUAUAUUAUGGUAAAAUAAUGGUGAAUUGUAGGUGUUCUUAGAUGUAAUAAUCUUUGGGUUAUCAGUAACAUGCUUAAAGCAUUCUUAAAUAUUCCUUUAUAGGAUCUUCAUGGUAGAAAGCCAAUCUGUCAGGCAAACAAAAAUUUUUAUCUUCAAAUCAGCUAUAUUGAAUAAAAUAGAAUACAGAAAUCCUCGUUAGUUUUUAAAGGAUACUGAACUGGUUUCAGACCCUCUUUUGAAAUUAACCUGUCACUACAGGUCUCCUGAAUUAUAUGUGAAAGGAUAGAAUUUUCUGUGGCAUGGGCAUUUCCUGAGCAAUCCAAGAUAUUAAAAACUCUCAUGGAAAAUGUGGCACCAUAUUCCCCUGGAACCCAUGAACCAGAACCAUUAAAUCUGUUACUCCAAGAAAAUAAACGUGGCCCAAAAUCUUGGUCACAGUUAAAUAAAGAAGCCUUUGCUUCUCUGCAAUAGGGGAAAAAGAGAUUAAGAGUAGAAACUGCUGGGAAAGUUAUCUGCGUAACAAUUGCUCUCCUUGCAAUCUGCUCUGAAAUAGAGACUGCCCAGCUAAAGCAAAUGUGCAUUUAAAUAGUCUAUUUGCAAAGGAAAAGGCUCUCCGUAUCCGCUUUUGCUUUAAAAAUACAAAUCAAGUGCAUCCCAGAUUAGGGGUCAUCCAGCUGUUCCUAGCUGUUCAGUGCUGCUCCACCUGACCUUCCCUUGGGCUCCAUGUCACCCCCAGGGCAGUCCUUCUCUGCCAGCCUUUGCAUCAGGACCCAGGCAGCUGCGGGCUGGGGUGGGGACCUGGACCCACCAAAGUGCUAUGUGUUUAUAUCCCAAUCUGUACCAUGUGGUGUUUGUACUGGUCUCUGUCAAGCCCCAGCCAGGUGCUGAGACCCCAGCGAGGAGGCUCAGGAAGGGGACCCUCUGCAUGUGGGCCUGUCCUCCAGAGAGAGGAGGUUCAGCUUUGAGCAGAGGACCCGAAUAGCCAAAGGUUGCAGUCUCCCCCACCCCUGUGAAGUCCAGAGAACUUCUCAGCUUUUUCAUUGGAUCCGAUUUGACCUUCCUUUUUCUGACUGCGGCCUGCUGUUAUGGCCAUAGGCUGCUCAUCACCUCCCUGUAGGCAGUGCACCCUUCUGCAGCUGGGUGAGAAUUGUGGGGGUCCCUGUACACAUCCUCCCUGACCCAUUCCAAGGGAGCCCCAUCCCUAGGAAAUGCUUCCAUAAAAUUUCAAGUCCCUUAAGCAGACCCCUGACAUUGCCAAGUUGAAAAAAAUCCUCCCAGGCAACUUUGUGAGUCAGUAACCUCGCUGGCUUCUCGGUCUCCGGGCAGUGAUGGGUUCAGUGUUAAAUGUGAUGAAUACUGUAUUUUGUGUUGUUUAAAUACAUCUCCCAGAUAAUGUGAAAAGGGUCCAGGAGAAGGCAGCUUCCUGUACGCAGUGUGCUUUUUUUUUUUUUUUUUUUUUUAACAAGUAACAAGUCCUUUUGAGAAACCACCAUUUCUACUCUGAAGUCAUAUCAAUGAAAAGAUGUAUAUGCACUUACAAUUUUCCUAAUAAAGACAUGUAUUCAAAUGUA